UUUUGAAGAGGCUGAAGGAGAUGUGACAUUAACUGCUUUGGAGGGUGAAGAUGAACAAGCAGAGCUUGAUCAUACUAAGGGACAGGAAGAUAUGGAUGUGAGCUAUUUUGAAGAAUGGGAUAGAACUAACAUAGAGGUACAGCAUGGUCCAGAGAGAAGGGAUGAUUGGGCACAGAGAUUAUUAAAACAGCUGAAAGAAGAAUUUGAUAAAAUGAAUGUUGCAGGAAAACAGAGCCAGAUUUUUGCAGACCAUGGUCAACAGAGUCGAUCAGUUGUUGAG